CGUGCCGCGCCGUCGUGCCGUGCCGUGCCGCGCCGUCGUGCCGUGCCGUGCCGUGCCGUGCCAUCGUGCCGAGCCGUGCCGUGCCGUGCCGGCCGUGCCGGGCCGUGCCGAAUCCCGUACAGACGCAGGAGGAAGCCCGGGGGCUGUGCCCCUCUCCGGCCCCACGCCCAGGAGACGUCGCGCCUCUGAGAAGCAGGGGCUCUUCUCCCGUCGCCAGGGGACCAAGGCGAGGGAAAGAUGAAGUGGCAAUCUGUCCUGCCACAGCAGUGUAUUUUGCUGAUGACAUGUUUCCUAAUGGCUUUGGAAGCUGUACCUAUAGAUAUAGAUAAGACAAAAGUUAAAGGAGAAGCCCAUGCAGAAGGAGAAAAAAUAGAAAAUCCAGAUACAGGGCUCUAUUAUGAUGAAUAUCUCAGGCAAGUAAUAGAUGUCUUGGAAACAGAUAAGCACUUUAGGGAGAAGCUCCAGACUGCUGAUAUAGAAGAAAUAAAGAGUGGAAAGCUAAGCAGAGAGCUUGAUUUAGUAAGCCACCAUGUAAGAACACGACUGGAUGAACUAAAAAGACAAGAGGUGGCAAGAUUAAGAAUGUUAAUUAAAGCUAAAAUGGAUUCUGUUCAAGACACCGGCUUAGACCAUCAGGCUCUCCUUAAACAGUUUGAGCACCUGAACCAUCAAAAUCCUGACACAUUUGAACCUAAGGACUUGGAUAUGUUGAUCAAAGCAGCUACAAGUGAUCUGGAAAACUAUGAUAAGACACGCCAUGAAGAAUUUAAGAAAUAUGAAAUGAUGAAAGAACACGAGAGGAGAGAAUAUUUAAAAACACUCGAUGAAGAAAAGAGACAGCGAGAGGAAUCCAAAUUUGAAGAGAUGAAGAAAAAGCAUGGAGAUCACCCUAAAGUUCACCAUCCUGGAAGCAAAGAUCAACUGAAAGAGGUAUGGGAAGAAGCAGAUGGACUAGAUCCUAAUGAAUUUGACCCCAAAACAUUUUUCAAAUUACAUGAUGUGAAUAAUGAUGGCUUCCUGGAUGAGCAAGAAUUAGAAGCCCUAUUUACUAAAGAGCUGGAAAAAGUCUAUGACCCUAAAAAUGAAGAGGAUGACAUGGUUGAAAUGGAAGAGGAAAGGCUGAGAAUGAGAGAGCAUGUAAUGAAUGAGGUGGACAUCAACAAGGACCGGCUAGUAACUUUGGAAGAGUUUCUGAGAGCUACAGAGAAGAAAGAAUUUUUGGAGCCAGAUAGCUGGGAGACACUGGAUCAACAGCAGCUCUUCACUGAGGAGGAGCUAAAGGAAUUUGAGAGUCAUAUUUCUCAGCAGGAAGAUGAACUUAGAAAGAAGGCAGAAGAUCUUCAGAAACAGAAGGAAGAGCUACAGAGGCAGCAUGACCAGCUUCAGGCUCAGAAGCAAGAGUUUCAGCAGGUUGUAAAACAGAUGGAACAAAAGAAGCUGCAGCAAGGAAAUCCUCCUGCAGGACCAGCUGGAGAACUGAAAUUCCAACCCCCUGGGGAACACAAAGCUGGAGAUGCACCAAACCAUCCUGCAGGAGGUGAUCAGCCUUUACCACCAGGACAUGUUCAAGAACCAGCUGCUAGAACUGAUCAUGCUCAAGUUCACCCUUAACCACUUGUGCCUCAACUUUAUACUGUCAUUAUUUUGGGGGGAGGGUAAAGGGGGAAAAAAAAAAUCAGAGUGAAACCAUGAACUCUCCACUUCCUUCCCCAGAUUGUAAAUUCUUUGGGAAUGUUAUAGAUUAAAAUACUGAUCAGAUUGAAUCACUAAUUUAAAUUAUUUUUCUCUUCAAAUGCAUCAUUGAGAAAGGCAAUAAGGGGAUCGCUUAGAGGCUUUAUUGGAGGAGGAAAUGAAAGAAAUUACCAGUACUAAGGGUUUUUAUGGCCAAGGGACUGAGCUGUUGGACUGUGCAAAAAGCUGGCUGAGCUGCCAUUUGGUAGUUAGCCAUGAAUCAAAAUUCUUUCAGAGAAGCAGCAGAGAGCUGGCCUGAAUACCAAGUUAGGUCUUAUUUUAUGUAGAAACUCUUUCCACAAUUGCUGAGCAGCAAGAUAUGAGGAACUAAAGACAACAACUAAAGAAAGAUCUACCAUUGCCAGCACUACCAUCCCCUUUCUUCUCUGAGGCAAAAUAAAAAUCAAACUUUGCAUGUUUAAUCACAGAAAAUUUGCACUUUCUAAAAUCUAACCUCCACAGUUAUGUGGAACACUGAAUAUUUUUCAUGUUUACAGAAGUCUGAGAAUUUCACUGUUAGCCUUCAGUAGGAAUACUGUACUUCUGGUGUAUUGAUCUGAAUUAUCCUCCUUGUUAAGAUUAAUUCUGUGUGGCAGUUGAAUACUCAGCUGGCACUUGGGACAGUACUUUUGUCCCUGUUUCUUUCAUCAGAUGCCAGCUGAUCUCAAAAUUUUGCAUGUUAAGUAAGAUUUUUAUGUUAAUGGAAAUAUUGUGCAAAACAGAACAGGACUCAUUUUCUUUUUCUGUACAGAUUAUCCUACCUCCGGUGAUAAUACCUGAUUUUUCAAAAUGCAGCAUGUGCUUCAGAAAACUCUUUUCAGAUAUAAUUCUUUGGCUGUUGAGAGUCUCACUAUUAAUGCUUAUUAGUCUUUCAGCAGUUGAUAUAGUUUUAUGACAUGUCCUAUAACAGGGGUGCUACUUGAUUGUAUUAUUUUGAUAACGAAUCAGAAUAGCUCCCUAAUAAUGUAAACCAAGAUUUUACAUAAAAACAACAGUUGAUUUUUUUCCUGUGGGUUUUACUAUUAUGCAGAAAACCUGUGUGAUUGCCCUUGCUUUUCAUCUGUUUUAGACUGAAAGUAUCCUAAAGCCCAAACUCUGUCUGGAUCUUUUUUGUUUGUUUUCAAACAUGGAUUGUUCUGGUAGUGUAAUGCUGGCUUUGAACUGAUACACACGUACCUUGGCAGGUAUCCUUUGCAUUUCCUUCCUAUUCUGUGGCUAACUGCUGACAGCAUCAUGAAAGGAGAUCAUUUGGGUUCUGAGCAAAGAAAUAGAGGCAAACCUCUGUUACAGAAAUAUAUUCCUUUCAGAAUAAGGCUUGAAUAUGUUAGGCAAACUGAAGAAAGGUAGGAGGCAAUUACUGUCAUUUUGUAUUGACAUUUAAGAAGCUUCUCAACUCUGAAGAGUUUUGAUAGGUAGCAGCUAGGCAUCCUCCUUCUGUGUUUAAUACUUAUUUCAUCAGGACUGAGCAUAUUCUUGUUCUCCACACAACGUACUAGAAUUCACUGCCAGAAUGGAUUCUGUUUUCUUGUGUUGUAAAUUGGUGUGUCCCAUUUCCUUUUUGGCAGUAUUUAUUCUGCUUAAGCCACAAUUAGACUUUUCUACUAUUGUUUUUACUUUGUUCUUAACCCAGUGGUUGACACUAAUUCGGUUUCUCAAACUAAUGUGUCCACUAUUUGUCAUUUCUUGCUAUUCUAACAUCAAUUUGAUUAUAUCUUUAUCUGGAGGCUGAAUUACCUUUCUGCAAUUUUAUCUGUUUGCUGAGAGGCCCAGACAUAGUUACAGCUACAUCCAGAGGACUUGUAUUAGCAAGAUAUGUUAUAUUAUUCUCACUUAAAACAGAAUUUCUCAGUGUGUUGCUGUGGCUGGGGGGUUAUACGCUGAUAUUCAAGUGAGGAGGGAAGCAGAGGGGGGACUACUUGGAUAUCAGAGGAAAAACUAUCCAUCUCCCCUCUCCCCCAUGAGUGUCUACAGAGGAAGAAUGAUACAGAUGUUUCUAGACAAUGAAGGGCUGAAGCCUUUACUCUGAAGGCAUUUCUACAAUACAAAUAAGUUUUUUUCAUAUUACAUCUAUUUUGUUACAAAUACCAUUAUAUGUAAUGCAGUAACUGCUUUCAAGUGCUUGCCCAGCUCAAGUUUUCAGUACAACAUCUGUUUUAUCUUGACUGUAAGAACCUGUCUCUCCCUGCUCUACCAGAUAGGCAUUAUGUCCUUUUUAAACCCAUUUACCUGUACCAGCUCCUGAAAACAUCUAGUUUUCUAAAGAACUCUUUUGUCUUAGGUGCUGAACUCAGCUGCUUCUCACAGUGGUGUAGUGAGCAUCAGAGCUACCUGUGGCAACUGCCUGGAGAAGCCAGGAACUUCACUUGUCAUUUCAUCAGGAGUUAGUAUUAGCAAAAGUUACUAGAUUUACUUGUCAGUGGCCACCAAGGGGUGUUUAGCAUAAAACAACUAGAUAAAACAUAAAACAUAACAAACACACCUUUCCUUCAACUAUCUGAAAUUUAAAUGUUCUUGUCAGUGUUAAUUAGCAAGCUUGUACUUUAACAAUACAUACUACAGUUUUCCUGAUCAUUUUGUAGAAGUAGAAAAAGGCAGUCUUUUAACUUUUAAAUUGUGUGGUCAGAUCUGUAACAAAAAUCAACCGUUCAAUCAAAUUGACAACUGUUUGCCCUAAAUUACGUGGAAGUCACCAAAGCUUCAGUCAACGGUUAACUCCUACUGAAUAGAUCUUAAGUUUGUUGCCUGAAAAGUUUUUGAGAUGCAGUCCCCAGUUACUGCUUCAUGCUUGCCCACCCAGUUCCCUAGUUUUGUAUGAAUAGUUCCCUGCCUUACAUGUCUGCAAAGAUAGCAAGGCUGAGUGAUGUACUCUCAGAAGAUGAUAGGUUCUACUAGUCUGACCUGUGUAACAUCAAGCUUGACCUGAUACUGUCCAGCUCAUUCUCCUGUAUGGCAAAAGAGCACCAUUUGUCAAGCCCAUGUGAACAGAGGUCUGAGUGUAGCAAAGACAAAGUAUUUUAAUUAAUUUAAGAGUUUUUGCUACUGUCAGGAACACCUGCCUUGGCAAUUAUGCAACGAUGUGCUAAAAGUCAUGCUUAUACAUGAAAGAUUUAUGUAUUUGUUGGUUUCCAUGAUGAUGUUUUCUUUUAAUUGGAUACUCCUCUCUAUUCCAUAAAAUAGAUUGCAAAUUAUUAUCCACUUAAAGCAUGUUUCCACCAUGGUAUUGACUUCUCAGGAGCUUUUUAAAGUUUUAAAAUUAUUAAACUAAGCUUAGAGCCAAAUGAGGAAGUAGAAAGCUAUUACUUCUUCUAUUUUCAAAGAUAAAUAAGAGACUGAAAUGUCCCUCCUGUUGGGGGGGGGGUUACUCCUCUGCUUUUCAUUUAUAAGGCCAUUGCAAGAAAACUGAAUGUAACUGUACAGACAUCAGUCCCUAGAAUAAAAGUAAGAGAUGGUUAGUUGGAGGAUUUCAACAGGAGGAUGAAGGGGGUAUGAUUUGGUCAAUGCUGUGCAGAUUCAUGUCCUCCAGUGCAAUGUCUGUAGAAAAAUGCCCUGCUCAAACUUUGUAUAGAUUAGUUUUUAACUGGAUUAAACUGAAACUCGGUGCA